AUGAUCGAAUAAGAGUUAAUAACUGAAGUAAGUAAGGUAAUAACAACAUUAACAUUCUAUAUAUCUUAGAAGAUAUCGUGGUUUAUUUGCGAUGCGAUAAUUUUACUUAAAGAUAAGCCAAUUAAUGAAAGACUGAAAUGAAAUGAGUACUUAACACAGUUUUGAGUGUAAGUGAACUCAGUGAACUUUGAAACAAUUUUGUAAAUAUUUCUUAACGAAAUUACAUUACGAAAUACGAAACCAUCACCAUUACCAUCACUAUCAUCAUCACCGUCAUCGUCACCGCCACCAUCACGUUAUCCAAUAUUACGAUACGUGCAAUCGCAAAUAUGAUUAGGAAAUUAUUUUUGCUAAGUCUGCAGAACGUUAACUGAUAUUUGAGGGAAAAAUUAAAGUUAAAAUUGAAACCGAAGCAGUUCUUAAAUAAACUUUGACUUGAAAAGAGUUUCUGUUUCGAUAAAGAGAAUUUUUUGAAUGGUUUUUUAAACGAAAUGUUAACAUUCGAUGGCGCUGUAACUUUAUGGCGUUUCCUUUUAACCGUUGGGCCCAGCGCUACGGUUAUUUUGUUGCUUUUGAAUGGCAUAAAGGAAUUUCGCCCAGAUAUAGUUGAUCUUGAGAAUCGAGUCGAAUCCGUAUACGUGGACGAUUUGAGAGACAGUUAUGAUUUUAUUGUGGUAGGCGGUGGUACAGCAGGUUGUGUGUUGGCGUCUCGCUUAUCUGAAGUGCAGCAGUGGAGUGUUUUGCUCUUGGAAGCUGGCGGUGAUGAGCCGUUAUUAGCUGAUCUACCGGUCUUGUUUCCCGCCUUUCAACGUAGCCCGUGGGAUUGGAAAUAUCGUACGGAGCGUUCAGAGCAUUUUUGUUUGGCGAUGCAGAAUCAACGAUGUUUGUGGCCCAGAGGAAAAAUGCUAGGCGGCUGUAGUUCUAUUAAUGCCAUGCUAUAUAUUCGAGGCAACCGCAAGGAUUACGAUCGUUGGGCUGAGAUAGGCAAUUCAGGUUGGAAUUAUGACAACGUUUUACAUUACUUUCUCAAAAUGGAAGAUUUUCGUGUUAAGGGAUUAGAACUGAAUCCUUAUCAUAGUCAAAAAGGUCUUUUAACUGUAGAGGAGUUCAGAUAUUCGUCUCCUUUACAAAAUAUAUUUCUUAAAGCAGCCGCAGAAUUAAAUGUGCUUAAUCCAAACCAGGACUUUAAUGGUAAAUCUCAGACUGGCUUUGCUGUACCCCAUGGGACAUUACGGGAAGGAUUGCGUUGCAGCGUUAAUAAGGCGUACAUAAGACCCGUUUGGAGACGUAAAAAUUUACACAUUUUGCUUAAAGCCUCUGUAGAAAAGCUGAUAAUAGAUCCAAAAACGAAAGAAGCUAAAGGUGUGCAGUUCAAUUGGUUGGGUGUUCAGCGUCUAAUUUGGGCUUCACGUGAAAUUAUAUUAACAGCUGGUUCUAUUAGUAGCCCACAUUUGCUAAUGUUAUCUGGAGUGGGACCGCAAGAUCAAUUACUAAGAUAUAAUAUUGAGGUAAUACAACAUUUACCCGGAGUAGGGAGAAACUUACAAGAUCACAUCUCCACUACAGGAGCCAUGUACACCAUAGAGAAUUUUCAGAACAAUAAUCAGAAACUCUCGUUUAUAGUUCCCGAGCAAUUAAGCAAAGAAAUGGUGGAGAGAUUUCUUUUCCAGGAAGAGGGUUUCUUUUAUUCUCUGCCGGUAGCAGAAGUAAUGGGUUUCUGGAAUACUAAAUAUCAAGAUCCGAAACUCGAUUGGCCGGAUGUGCAAUACUUUAUGGGUAGUUUUGGUUACGGAGCAGAUGGAGGUCUCUUAGGAAGCAGGGGAUCGGGAUUAACAUUUGAUAAUUUUGCCAAUACUAUGGAACCUGUAAUAUAUCAAGAUACCUUCCUAAUCGCUCCGUUGCUUUUAAGACCCAAGAGUAGAGGUAAAUUGGAACUGCAAUCGGAUAAUCCACAAGUGGCUCCUAAGAUAUAUGCCAAUUACUAUGAUCAUCCCCUGGAUAUAGCAGUAAUGGUGGACGCUUUAAAGUUUGCUCACAAUUUAACGCAUACCACUGUAAUGCGUCAGUUGAACGCUACACUUAAUAUUUACGUUUGGCGCAAUUGUCCUAACGUCGAAUAUUUAGCUGAUGCGUUCUGGGAGUGUUUGGCUCGUUAUUACUCGCAGACUAUUUAUCAUCCGGUGGGAACUUGUAAAAUGGGUCCCUACUCCGAUAUCGAAGCCGUUGUAGAUCCACGUUUAAGGGUUUACGGUACUCGUAGGCUCCGAGUUAUUGAUGCAAGUGUUAUGCCUGCCAUUGUAACGGGUAAUACGAAUGUUCCCACUAUAAUGAUAGCUGAAAAAGGCGCAGAUAUGAUUAAGGAGGAAUGGCUUCAUUAUCAGGCUGGCGUUUGAGAUAAUCUUUUCCGGUAGUCGUUAAAGUAUUUGUCAGAUAACAUGCCAAUGAAAAAUGUUCGCAUUAUUGUGAAAGAUAUGUAAAUUUUAUGUACAAUUACAAAAGCUUAUGUUUCGCGAUUUAAGCUAUUCUUAUAUAUAUGUAUCUUAAGGAUAAGUUUCAUAAGGCCGUAUACCCUAAAACGAAAAGAUUUUCUUUAACUAAUAAUCUGUGUAAAUCCUUUCUAUUAAUCGAUUCCCAUUCCCAAUUGAAAUUCGAAAGAAUAUGAAGAAUUUGUACUUCAAAUGAAAGCCUAUCCGCCCUGAGUGGCCGAGUCGGCAAAGAGUCUCGACUAACAACUCAAUGUUCCUGGGUUCAAAACCCAAUUGUGGUCGAGUUUUCAGCAAAAACGAUAGCUUGCGACGCGCUAAUGCUGUUUAGACAACUCAUAGUGAAUUAGAAUUUAUUCCCCUGGCUAAAUUAACAAUAAUAACAAUAACAAGUAAGAAAAUUGUAUUCGGUUGCGACUGAAUUUUUAAUACCC